AUAAGAAAUGCAAUUUUAAGUUUUUACAAUGUGGGUGUGUUGCAAAGAAAGCAGGGGCCGUGCGGGAGAAUAAAUCCUGUGAUUGGUGGAUAAAACGCUCAUGUCUGCUGCUUCUGGGUUCAUCACCACACCCCCUCUGACCACUGAAAGUUAUAGACUAAGAUACAAAGCAUGUAAUCAGAGACAAACCACGAAAUCACAGCUUUGAUGAAAAAGGCUGCCUUCUGUUUAACAACAAUGGAGAUCCAGGUUUUUACGAUGGAUUCCUUCACAAAUCUACCCUUUAAGGGAAAUCCUGCAGCUGUCUGUCCACUUGCACACGAGCUGAAUGAUGAUUUGUAUCAGAAGAUAGCAGCAGAGAUGAACCUAUCAGAAACAGCUUUUGUCACCCCCAUCAAUCCAUCCGACACCUUCACCUCUGGAUCAAGGUUCUGCCUCCGGUGGUUUACUCCCACAGUGGAAGUGAAUCUGUGUGGCCACGCUACCCUGGCAACGGCAGCCGUCCUGUUCCAGCAUAAAAAAAACAUCAACCCAACGCUGGUGUUUGAGACGAGGAGCGGAGACCUGGCCGUCUCGAAGAAAAAGGAUGGAUAUCUCAUGGACUUUCCUCUCAACCCGCCCACCCAAGUGGAUUCCAAAGACUUUCAGGACAUUAUAAGGUUGACAGUUGGAACCCUCCCAGUUCAGGACGUCUUUCUGAGCACAAACAUGAAGGAGUUGAUGAUUCGACUGUCUGACAGCUGUGACAGUUCUGUGCUAACCGGUCUGAAUGUCGACCCCGCCGCGAUUCUGGGCAUCGAUACGAAAGGAAGAGUGCAAGGAAUAACAGUCACCAUGAAAGGUGCACCAGACAGUCAGCCAGGAUACGACUUCUAUUCCAGAAACUUUGCUCCCUGGGUUGGGAUCCCAGAAGAUCCAGUCACAGGAUCAACACACACGAUCCUGGGCAGCUACUGGUCCAAAGAACUUGGAAAAAAUAAAAUGCUGGCUUACCAGUGCUCCAGCCGAGGUGGAGAACUGGAACUUGAAGUGAGAGAUGAUGGAAGGAUCAACAUCGGAGGAGAAGUCGUCACCGUGCUGCAGGGAAUAAUCAGACUGUAGCUGCAGAGACGUUCCGUGUGUGACAUGUGACACAUAAAUAAAAACAUCCUGUUCAAA